AUGGCUUUACUCGACCCAGAUUUAUACUCAAAUGAUGUGUUAGUUGUUGGAGAUGGGAACUUUUCGUUUACUCUUUGUCUGGCUUCGGCAUUAUCACAAACAUCAGUUAAAAUCAUAGCAACAUCACUCGACUCAGUUCCUGCGUUAGCGAACAGUGACUUCGCUUUACAAAAUAUUGAGAAAUUAUCAUCUUUCGAAAACGUCGAGGUCCUGCACGAAGUAGAUGCAACGGAUCUUUCCCGAACAUUUGGUUCGAGAAUAUUCGAUCGCGUGAUUUUUAACUUUCCGCACGUUGGUGGGAAGUCGAACAUUGGUAAAUCAAGAGAGCUUUUAAAGCGAUUCUUUGCAAGCGCGGCAAAACAUGUUAGUCCUGAAAAGGGUGAGAUUUGUGUCAGUCUUUGCCAAGGACAAGGUGGAACACCCCUGGAUAAUCCCAGAAGACAGUUUGGAAAUAGUUGGCAGGUUGUGUAUCAAGCUGCUAAGGCAGGUUAGACACAAUGACUCUACAGCAAUUGUACUUAAAGGUUGUGUCAGAAUCCUACAAAUACUUUUUUUGGAUUGUCACACAACAGCAUAUAAAUUGCCUGACGACCCAAACAUGACUAUGUGGGGUGGGAGGGGGGUUAAUUAUCAGAGGAUGUUAGGUAAUUCAAGAAAACAAGGCAGCCACUGGAUUAUUUCUUUAGUCUGUACUAAGCCCUGGUCUUGUAGAAUUUUUUGGUCAGUGAGCAGUGGCUUCUGAAGAGGUCAUUUUAGGUCAGGUAGAGAGGGGUCCUGUAGGGCACCUUCAGUGUGGGAGAAGAAUGUUUGUUCUUCCCCAGGGUAGCAUCCCUUUUCUUCUUAUUCCCUGGAUAGGAAACAAAUAGACCCUGGGAAAAAUUAGCUUUUGGUUUUGCCUAGGUUUUGAAUGAAUUUCUAUCAGAGAAUGAUGCCACUCAUGGCACUAAGCAUAGCAUGUUAUUGUGCUAUCAAAUGAGACUCAAUCUUAUCAGGUCACAAGAGGAUAUUACAAGUUAGGUCAUGAGUUGAUAACAGAAGUAAAGUGAAUGAACAUAACAUGAACAAGUCCCCCACAUACAAGAGAGAAUAUUAUUAUCAUCUCUUGCCCACAUAUUAUAAAGCAAGAGAUUACAGUGAGGGGGUAUCAUGACAUACCGAUAUGGGCUCGUUAAAAGAGGGCAUUUUAAGACUGAGAAGUUGGAGUAGGGCUUAUUUUCCUGAGGAGAAGGCCAAGAGGAAUUGUUAUUGGGAUUUUUCAGUAGCUUUGCAAUGGUAUACCACAUAAGAGAGGUCUUUUCUACAGUAAUUUAUUGUGUUUUGUUCACUAUAGAUUUGAUUCUGAACGCCAUGUAUCCUUUUAGAAGUGCAGAUUAUGGUUCCUACCAAAGUGCAGGCUUCCGUGGACAGCUUGGUAAAGGCUUCCACACCGUCAAUGGUCUAACUCAUGUGUUUGUGCAUGGGGUACCAAUGGAAGGUGUACCUGACAUUGAGUAAGUUGCACUCUCCGUAAGCAAAACGUUAAUUUACAAUAUUUAUUUUCUUUUUUUAGAUUUAAUAGCAUUUAAAUUUUAUAGACAAAGUUACCAGUCAUUUAUUUAAGGUAUUUUGUGUUUAUUUAUUUUCCAGUUUGCUCUUUUUUCUCCCCACAGUUCUUUCAUAACCAAUAACAGCAGUUUUAUGUCAUACUGUCAUCCCACGAAGAGCUUAAGUUUUGUUCCUGGCAAUCCUCUUUACAUCAUCAGCAACAAGCUGAAAAGCUUCUUUUCAGAUAUUUCAAUUGGUGAGGCUAAUGUUGUUUUCAAGCACUCGGAAAAUAUAGAUAAUAUCAGUGAACAAGUUGAGAAGUUUAAUGUUUGUGGCUCAGAUGAAGCAGAGGGUCAACAAAACCAAUCAUUCAGACGUACAGGUGUGUCACUUUUAAGUGAAGUUGUGCAGAGUCUGCAGGAGUUUGGUGCAUUGUUUGUCAUGAGUGGAAUUGAAAUUGAUUUUUUCUUUCCUCCAUCUUCUGAAAAUCAUCCCAUAUGUCACAAAAUGAUAGCAGUGAAGACUUUUACAAAUGGUGCAACAGCUUUGGAAGUUAAAAAAGAACUUGAUAGUAUUCUUGACUUGUUUAUAACAAAGAUGUGUUCUGGCCUUGAUGGUCUAAGAAUUGAAAACAGCUGUAAGGGCUUGUCUCAGGAAGGUAUUUCAACCGCUGAUGAUUUACUCAGUCAAGAGAUCACCGAGUUGGAAUGUGGAAAACAGACAAAAUUCCACAAUCUCAGGAAUGCAUCAAGUGCAGACAUCAGAUGUGAAUGUGGAAAAGAAACUUUGCAGGAGAAGUGCAUUUACUGUAAGCUGGAGAAACACUAUCUUGGACAUGACAUGUCUCCUCUGCUUUGCACCAGCAAGUGCUUUCAACCUUCAACACAACGACAGUUGUACCAUAAACAAAGAUUGAUACUCUCUUGUGGUUUAAUAGAUGCCAGUGUUCUCAGUCCUGAAACGUUUGCUGACAAGUAUUUGUGUUGGUUGAUGGAAAUCAACCUGGAUAACUUAGUUAUGACUUUAUGUGGGAUCCCUGAUGUGAGACUUCUGUGGUCCCAGGAUAAAAGAUUCAAGGCACAGUUUUCAACCUUACAGGUAGGACAAAGCUAAUCAAGUGACACGCUUACUUGAAGUGAUGGUAGAUUCUAGUGUUACAAUGUAGAGUUAGCCAUUUUCUCUUUAGUUAAAAUAAUUAACUAAUUGGUGUAAUCUGGUCCUGUUUUAGGAUAAUGGCUUACCAGACCUUAGGAAGUUUGUGCCGUUCAGCUUCUUUCCUCCAACCUACAUUCAUGAUAUAAGCUUCUGGAUAACUGAACACAUGACAGAACAGCAGUUUUUUCAGGACAUUUAUGAGACAACUCAAGGUUGUGUGUGUGAUGUACAGUUCAUUGAACGAUACUAUGAUACAAAACAGGAUAAAGUGAGUUAUAAUUACCGCAUGGUUUACAGCUCAUGUGAUAGGCCACUGACCCAUCUGCAAACUGUUGAAAUGCAGAACUUGUUAAGAAGAAAGUUACUGAAUUGUGAAUUCCAUCUCAAGUAGCAGAUGGUGGCAUUUUAUGAGUGGGAGGAUAUCUUCUGCAAAGGGCAGAAGAUAUCUUUUAUAUAUUUAGAUAUUUUUUGGUCAGAUAAUCCAGAAACAGACAGACUACAAACAAUUGCUGCUUCUGCUAAAGCUUUAAUGUAGUUAAGUAACCACAGUGCUGCUGAGCGAGGAUAGACGGCUGUUUUUGCAGAAUAAAAUGGAUGCAAUUUAGGUUUGGUUCUAUUCAACGGGCUAUGAUGUCUUGAGGACUUGCUGUUUUAGGUCAAUUCUGUGC